AUGGGGAAUUCCAGCAGUAUAUCGGCGGCUGCUGUCGAGGAGGCCAAAAUCCAGACUCACAUGACUGAUGAAGAAGUCCAAAGGCUCAAACGGAGAUUUCAGAAGUUUGUCGGGAAGCGAAACACUGAGGCAACUCUCGAAGAGUUUUCUUCCCUUCCAGAACUAUCCAAUAACCCAUACGUCCCUCGUCUAUUCGCGCUUAUGGACCUAGAUCGCAACGGGAAAAUAAGCUUCUUAGAAUUCUGCCUCGGCAUGGGAAUGUAUCGCUCUUUGCGGAAAACGAGAGACGGAAAAAUACAGUUACUCAUGAAGCUUCAUGAUCGCGACAACGACGGAAAGCUUUCGAUUUCGGAAUUGACGGAUCUUCUAUCUGUUACUGCGGGAAAGAGUUUAUCUGCAGAGCUGCUGGGUCAGGUUGCCAGUUCUCUUCUUUCUGCUUACGAUGCCGAUAAGGAUGGCGCCACUGCUGCCAGUGCUGCUGUGGCCUUAGUGGCAGUAACAACCGUGACAUUAGCAGGCGUUGCAGUGGGGAUGCUCCCGUCAAUUCGCCAAAUCUUGCAGCGUAGCACCAAGACAAGAAGCGUCGAUUGCUUCAAUACGACCAGCAUCAGCAGAAGUCUGAGUAACGAGCUUCCAGCUCGCAUAGUUCUGCUGUCACUUGAAGAGCUGGUGUUUCUGUGCACUCGUGUCAAGUGCAUGGUGUGUGUGGACAAUCAUCCCAACGUGCAUACGACUUGGGACGGAGAUUCGGAACAAAGCGUGGAGCAGCAGAGCAUGGGACGAAGGGACGAGCAUGCAACAGCCACACCAAGUCAGCAGCUAGGGUUUCAGCAGACCAGCAACACAGGAGAUGUCAGCAGGAGAAAUCGUAGUGGUGGGGAUGGUAACUGGAGCGGUUGUCCUAGCAGAGAUAGCAGCCGGGGAGAUAAGCACUCCCUUGGACCAACAGCAACAUGGGAGGAGGUGAAAGAGCAGGAGUUGGUGCAGUAUGGUGAGGUGUGGAGGAGAGGGUUUGGGGCGAUGGCAGCAGUGUAUGGGCAGUUGAGGGGGAGGAACUGGGUGGUGCGACCAGGGUUGCAGUUUGGCAGCCAUUUCACAGCGUACCAACACCACCCUGCUCUGGUGCAUUCCAACUUCAUGGUUCUGGUCAAUGGUCCAGGGCUCAGCAAUCCCAUUCCAACAUGGAAUGAUCUACAUGCCACUGUUCGCCUUGCUUCCACUGUUGCCAAGAAACUAUUGAUUGCAUAUGUGGAUGAAGAGGAAGCUGACGAGAAAAGCCAUGCGGGCCUUCAAGCGGACAUGCCGGGGAUUGGAAUCACAGAGGCAUGUAUUGGUGAAGGUGGGGAGAGGGGUGAGAGCAAGCAGGGCAGGCAGAACUGCAAUAGCAGCAGUAGUGGUGGUGGGGAUCGUGGUGGGCAGAGUGGGAGAGGGGGCAGUGGCGACUGUGGCGGUGGCUAUGUUGGCUGUAGUGGCGGCGGCAGCAGCACUAGUGCCGAAAGUCUAAGUAGUGGUGGCAGGGGGGAUGUGAGAAAACAGGAGGUGAUUAUGUUGAGAGUGACCAAAUGGAAUCCGGAAAGGAAUCGGGAAAAGCGCACACACAGAUGA